AUGAAGCUCACCAAGUGUACAAGCAUCCUUCUUCCGGACAUCUACCUUCCACCUGUGUUCAAUAAUGUUUCUCUACAGUACAAACGCGCUGUUGGCAACCCCGUUGUUUCCCACACCCUCGUUGCAACAAAGACAGCUAUCAACACGGCGGUCCGGCUGCGUCUCUCGCACUCUUUGGUGAUGGUCAUCAUCUAUGGCAACAUCAACAGCGUUCAAAAGCUCAAGAAGGCGGCAAGAGGUAUUGCGACUGCAUGUCUACAGCACGCCUUCCACAACGGCCUUGUGGCCUUCAUCUACACGGCGUUGGUACUGACUCUGGCUUCGGUUAGAAAGCAGAACAACGGACGAAUCGUGGGAAUCCCAAGCAAUUCAAAGGUAGAAUCGUUGCUUGCUGGCUUGGUCGCUGGUGGCGCAGCGUUUUCGCUCGAUCAGUCAGCCGUAGCACUUCAGAUUUUUGCCUUCGUACUCGGACGUGGUGUGCAGUCCGUGUUGCCAGGUAUUGCCGCUCCCAUCAACAAGACGGAUUCGGCCAUAUUGACCGCCUCCGCUUCGACGCCAGUGCCAAUCAAGCCAGCAAAGAAGAUGCUAUACAGGCCACCUAGCUCACACGCCAUCACCGUCUCAGGUGCUCUUGUCUACGCUGCCGUGCUGACGAUGCACUCACACGGUCACGAUCGACUCAACUCGGGUCUUUCUCGAAGUCUCAUGCCGAUCUAUGGCAAAUUUGGCCGAUCGGUUGCGGCCUAG